AUGGCCGCAGCGAAACGCAAAGACGCAUCCCCGCCUUCCAAGGCUUCCAGGGAGACACAUGACGAAGACGAAAAGGCGCUCGACCCCAAACUCGCCGAACACCCGGACGAGGACGAAUCCGAGACCUCCAAGCCGCCCACCAAGCGCCAGAAGAAGGGAUCCUCCUCUUCCUCCCCCAAAGACAAAACCAAAUCCGAGCGCUCAGCAGUCAUCAAUGGCGGCGCCAAAGUCGCAUCGCAAUACGGAUCCUCCGCCUAUGCCAAAUCCGGCGAUGGCUGGCACCGCUCCGACUUCAACCCUUCCCCCAAAGGCCGCACCGACAACAAGACCCCGCUCGACGACCUCGAAGAAGCACUCAAAGCCCACGCGCCCAGCAAGUCCAACGACGAGCGCGAUGGCAAAAACGUCGUCUACUGGAUGCGGAUGCACGAUCUUCGCAUCCACGACAACCGCGCGCUAGCACACGCUUCUGCACUCGCAUCUGCUCGGCGUACCAACAAAAAGGGCGGUAACCUGAUUGCGCUGUUCGUCAUCACCCCCGCGGACUACCGCGCGCACGAUCGAGGCGCGCGAAGGAUCGAUUUCGUCCUCCGCACGCUGGCCAGUCUCCAGAAGCAGUUCGACGAGCUGCAGAUUCCGUUUGUCGUCUACACCCACGAUCAAGGCGCACGCACCGAGGUGGGCGAAAAGGUGUUGGAGCUGUGCAACAAGUGGAAUGCCUCGCAGCUGACGGGCAACAUCGAGUACGAGGUGGACGAGUUGUGGCGCGAUAUCGGCAUGCUCAAGAGCGCCUCGGAGCACAAGGUGGCUUUCAGCCUGUUCCACGACUGCUACGUCGUGCCGCCCGGUCGGGUGCUGACCAACGACGGCCGUCCCUACUCCGUGUUUUCGCCCUGGAAUCGACGAUGGACCGACUGCAUCGCCAAGGAUCCUUCGCUCAUCGAAGCCUCUCCAGACCCGGAACCCAAUGCAAAAUCCAUCCGCAGCGACUCGACGCUCUCGGCGCUCUUUGACCUCUCGACACUCGGCAGCGGGUAUGGCAUACCCACCACGCUUCCUGGAUUCGAGUGCAAGGACCGCACGUACAUGGCCAAGCUGUGGCCGGUCGACGAAGACGCACCACGCCAAGUGCUGGAUAACUUCAUGGCGGGCAAAGGUGGCGAGGCGGCACUGGAUCGCCCUGCGAACGAGCCGUCGACGAAACACGUUGGGGGCAACGCCAAAGAGUCACGCCUUGGGCGGUACGCCGAGGGGCGCAACCUGCUCAACGAGAACGGCACCUCGCGUAUCAGUCCCUAUCUCGCCGCGGGUCUGGUGUCGGCGCGCGAAUGCCUGCGUCGCACCAAGGCACUUACCAACAACAAGCUCACUGUCGGGCGCGACUCGGGUGCGGCCAUGUGGAACACCGAGAUCUCGUUCCGCGACUUUUACGGCCACGUGCUGGCGGCCUGGCCGAAAGUGUGCAUGGGCCAUGCGUUUAUCACCAAGUACGAGCACGUCGUGUGGGAGACGGAUCGCGCGACGUUGGACGCGUGGAAGCAGGGCAAGACGGGCUACCCGAUCGUAGACGCCGCACAGCGACAGUGUAUCCAGCAGGGGUACAUCCACAACCGCGGGCGCAUGAUCAGCGCCAUGUUCUUGACCAAGCAUCUCCUGCACGACUGGCGCGAGGGCGAGCGACACUUUUCACUUAACUUCAUCGACCAGGACUUUGCAAGCAACAAUGGCGGCUGGCAAUGGAGCGCCUCCACCGGCACCGACCCGCAGCCAUACUUCCGCAUCUUCAACCCGCUCAGCCAGUCCGAGAAGAGCGAUCCGCAGGGCGACUACAUCCGCCACUUUGUGCCAGAACUCAAAAACGUCAAGGGAAACGCCAUCCACGAUCCCUUCCACCGACUGUCCAAGCCCGAAUUCGAAAAACUAGGCUAUCCGAAACCAAUCGUAGAACACUCAGAAGCUAGACAGAGGGCGCUCCGGAGAUACAAGAAUCCCGGCGACGAAUGA